ACAAGGGCUCGCGAGGGGAAGUCCCGUCUCUUUCAACAGGAUAAGAUGGCAGAGUCUGUGCAACUUUGUGGCACAGCGGUGGACACAACAGCUGCAGAAGCGUUUUCCAAAAAAUGGUCUCUCUUUCUCUUGUUUGUGUGGGUUUCACGUCGCAUCUCGAGAGACCUUGGGCGCCGAAGUGAUUGCUUUUGUUAUCAUGGACGACAGCUCUCUUGACUUUCAAUUUUUUCUCUUGUUAUCGUGAGAUACAAAGACCGUUUCUUGUUAUCGCGUGUUGAAAAUAUCUAUGUAUUGCUGUUUGAAUGUGAGGAGCUCUUUCUCUCAUUAUCUUCGGCUACAAAUCAAAACAAGAUGAACAAUGGGUUGUCAUUACAGCAAGGAAAACCAGUGUUACUCCUCGACCUGUUGCUUCUGUAUGUCUGGGAAAGCCGCCUGCUACUGGAUUGGAAUUGUUAGCCUAGUGUGGGAGACCUUCACUCAGUGCUUCGACUACCUCACAGCCUACAGCGAAUAUGAAUACUGCCCAACCUGCAUCGAAGACUACACAAACACAAGACUCGGUUUCGGUAGCGGCAUCAUCUCAUCGGGGCAGUGGGUCAUGUCGAUUCUACUGAUGAUUGGUGCAAAAAUGGAACUUCGCUUUCUCGUGCUCCUGUGGCUCGCGUGGACGUGCGUCACCCUAGCGAUGCUGUCCGUCUGGUUCUUCUACUCGAUGCCCUUCAUGCCCAACGUCAGAGGAUUGGCAACUAUCAUCAAACUCUUCUGGGUCGUCCAUUACUUCAUCGUCGUCAAGACACAUUACUCGAAGCUUUCAGUGCCAGGGAGAGGCCUAAACCUCAAAGUACCCCCGAGCAGCCCGAUACGUCGUUCUCACAAAAGACGUAAAAUCAGGGACGAUCCCAAUCACCAGCCUGUGAUUCGAACCCUCCUGGCAGUUGCAGUGAAGCUGAAGACCUACAAGGAGUGCAAAAGCAUCAGCACGAAAGACGAGCCUUCGGGAACUUCUGACGACCUGAAGAUACCGACAGGAGGGAAGGACGAGGAGGGAGGUUCUCGUGCAGUCAGAGGAGAGGAGACCGCUGUACUUCCCAGUGGGGCACCUGAAGACCUGGAAGUAGGGUCCAGUCAACAGGUAAACAGCACAUCUGUCAAUCAACCCACAAGCUCCGAGAACUUUAUACCUCAAGGCGAACUCUCAGGGACCAAAGCAAUAAAUGAUAAUAUCACUAAUGACGAAGAUAAUCGAAUAUCAAAGUCUGGGAUCUCAAACGGGGCUGAUAAUAACGACAUUCGUCCACCGUCCCACGUGCCAAACGAGAAGGUGCCAAAAACGACGACUUCGUUGCCCCAGAUCCUCCACAUGGAGAAGAAGAGAGUUCGCAGGACGACUACGGACGACGAGGAACAGGACCCAGGGCACCGCCCUAGCGACAAUAACCAACUGGAGGAGACAACAGCCGGUAUGCGCGACUCUACAACGAUCAUUUUUCCCGACGCGUGUGUUCCUGGAGGCCGAAGACGGCUCGAGAGCGACGUCAGUUCGAAGUCCGCCAGGCAGCAGCCAUCUGCUAUCAAGCGAAGGAAAUCGUACAGGGUGGCCGUCGGACACGAUGACGACGAACACACUGCGGCAGACGACGACGAGGAGUCUCGAGUUUUACACGUCACUGAUUUAUAGUCUAAAAAUGGUUCCUUGUUGGACGAGUGGUUUCGCGCUCGGGUACCAGUCCGGUGGUCCGAAGUUCGAUUCUGGGCUCAGCCAACCCGAAAUCAGAGGAAUUUAUUUCUGGUGAUAGAAAUUCAUUUCUCGAUAUAAUGUGGUUCGGAGCCCACAAUAAGCUGUAGGUCCGGUUGCUAGAUGACCAAUUGGUUCCUAGCCACGUAAAAAUAUCUAAUCCUUGGGGCCAGUCAUAGGAGAGCUGUUAAUCAGCUCAGUGGUCUGGUUAAACCAAGAUAUACUUAACUUAUAGUCUAAAAUGACAGUGAUUUGAAAUGUCGACUUGAUCCAAUUGCUUAUGUGAAUAAAAAUAAACAAUACAA